GAGGACGAAUGCGGACCCGAAUUGUUGAAAUUGAUUGCUGCCUUGGAUGAAGUCGAGAAGCCAGAGUUCCGUGCAAUCGUUGAAGAAGCAAUUGGGCAGUUGGAAGUGGAGGAGCAGAAGGCAAAAGAAAAGGCUGCUGAGAGUGAAAAACGCAAGCGGAAAGAACCCGAGCCGUCGAAGCCGCCCGAGCCCGAACCAAUUCCAGAGGAUCAAGACAUGCCUGGAAGUUCUCGGCCUCAUGUUGGAGUGCCAGCACCUAACCGA